AUGGCUGAUAUAGAAACAUCCACUGCGAAAUCAAAUGUGAUCCCAGGAGAGCCACGCACAAUUAAAAGUCGUAUUCUCGAGACAGGUGCGGCUGUGACUCAGGAUUUUACACCCAUCAAACAGAUAUGUGCGCAUCUUAACGCGUUCCAUGUGUACGCCGAGGACCCAUCUCGAUGCAUCGAGGCAAAUCACUACUGUGCACACCUGACAGAAGAUGUUCGACAAUGUCUGAUUUACGAUUCUGACAAAGCCAACGCACGCCUUAUUGGUGUCGAGUAUAUGGUUUCACCAUCCUUAUUCGAGACACUCCCGCAGGAAGAGCGCAAAUUAUGGCACUCACACGAAUUUGAGGUGAGGAGCGGCAUGCUCAUCAUGCCAACACCAAUGGGCGUUCCAACUGCGGUGUGGGAAACCGCCGAGAAAGCUGAAAUGAAAGAUGUCAUCCCUUUAUACGGUAAGACAUUUCACUUUUGGCAAGUUGAUCGUGGCGAUCCAGUCCCAUUAGGGCUACCACAGCUCAUGGGCAGCUUCACGUCCCCUGCAGCUGUUAAGCACGCAAAUCCAGAUGGUCUGGACGGGUUACUGAAUGGGAGAGAUGAGAGAUUUGGAGUGGACUAUAGGAAAAAGGCCCAGCAGAGAGAAAGUAUUCCGAUCAUUCAAAAGCAUCCUGGUGGGUUCUGA